AUGGAGGGACUAUCAUCGUCUAUUCAGCGUUCCGAUCUACCUAUUGCUAUUGAGGUGGAUUCUGCUAUGGUGGUGGCCAUGAUCACUGGUGGGGAUAUGAACCGUUCAGCGUAUGCUUCUUUAGUUAAUGAGAUUAGAUACCUUCUUACUCUUCGGCAAUCUUAUAUUACUCAUGUUUCGCGGUCGCAAAAUAAGGCCAGCGACAGUCUAGCUACUUUUGGUAGAGCUCAGGGUAGGACUUUGACUUGGAUUGGAUUAGGUCCUCCAGAGGUGCUGGAGUUAGUAGCAACAGACUGUACUGAACCUGUGAUUGAGUAUAAUACAUUGCAGUUUUCGCAAAAGAAAAAAAAACACCUUUGA